ACUGUAGCAUCCAAUUGCUAGCUAACCACAUUUGACCCUGUGAGUGUGCUGUGAGCGACAAGACAUCCGGGCGGUGUGGAUGGAAGAUGGCGACACUUAUCCUCCCAGGCGAAUGGGUCAAAAAUUGGGAAAAAACAGGAAAACACGAAUUCGUACAAUUCUGCAAAGGACUUACAGAGAAAAUAGAUCAUGGAUGUCGGAUUAAAGAUAUCCAGACAGCCUUAUAUGAGCUCUGCUGGCAGGUUGUACAAGGUAACCUCAAGUUGGACCUCAUCGUUAACGUUCUUGGAGAAAUGAUGGAACUUCGAGAUGACAUGCCAUCAAUUUUAGUGGAUGUGUUUAGUAUUCUAGAUGUAGAAACCGUUGCACUGGAGGAAAAACACAAACGUGACCAUUACAUCCAAUUAGUGGGAGCAUGUCUGGUUUUUGUUCCAGAGGUCAUUUUGAAGGAGCGUCUGGAUCCAGAAACCCUUGAAUCUCUUGGAUUAAUAAAACAAGCCUUUCAGUUUAAUCAGAAGAUUGUAAAGAUCAAGACCAAACUAUUUUACAAGCAACAGAAGUUCAACUUGCUAAGGGAGGAAAAUGAGGGCUACGCCAAACUAAUCACAGAGCUCGGCCAAGACCUGUCCGGCAGCAUCACCAGUCACAUUGUACUUGAAAGCAUCAAGUCCCUGAUAGGAUGUUUCAAUUUAGAUCCUAACCGAGUUCUGGACAUAAUCCUGGAGGUGUAUGAGAGUCGAUCAGACCAAGACGAGUUCUUUCUGGCCCUCAUCAAGUCCUACAUGUGCGAGCCAUUGACUCUUUGCCACAUCCUUGGCUUUAAAUUCAAAUUUUAUCAGGAACCAAAUGAGGAAACGCCUAAGUCACUGUACCACAUUGCUGCUGCUCUGCUUCAUCACAAUCUGAUUGAUUUGGAAGAUCUCUAUGUACAUCUGUUGCCACUAGAUGCCACCAUUGUAGAAGAACACAAACGAGUUCUUUCAGAGGCCAAACAGAUUGCCCGCAGACUAGUCAUGGUUGUGGUGCCUUCAGACAAAAGUGAGGACAAGGAAAAGGAGAAAGACAAGGAAGAAGAGAAGACUGAGCAGGCACCUGAUAACCAAAAACUUGGUUUGUUGGAAGCACUACUCAGGAUUGGUGACUGGCACCAUGCACAGAGCGUAAUGGACCAGUUGCCUUCCUUCUAUGCUACUUCCCAUAAAUCUAUUGCACUGGCACUCUGCCAGCUGUUACACCUGACAGUGGAUCCUCUUUACCGCGGGUCUGGCCUCCCAAAAGGAGCACGGGGACGUGUGAUUCAUCCACUGAAGAGCAAGCGCGUCCCUCAACCUGCAGAGAGCUUUGAAGACUUGCGUAGGGACACAUUCAGUAUGCUGGGCUACCUGGGCCCUCACCUCGCCCAUGACCCAAUCCUUUUUGCCAAGAUUGUACGCCUUGGCAAGGCAUUCAUGAAAGAGUACCAAUGCAGCGAGGGCUCAGAUGUCAAAGACAAGAUGGAAACGCUACUAAGCUGUUUCCUGAGUAUUGCAGACCAGGUGCUGCUCCCCUCCCUCUCUCUGAUGGAUUGUAAUGCUUGCAUGUCUGAGGAGAUGUGGGGUCUCUUUAAGCUGUUUCCCUACCAUCACAGGUACCGCUUAUAUGGACAGUGGAAGAACGAAACAUAUUCCAGCCACCCCAUGCUGGUCAAAGUCAAAGCUCAGACAGUGGAAAGGGCUAAAUAUAUUAUGAAGCGGUUGACCAAAGAGAAUGUGAAACAGUCUGGAAGGCAGGUUGGCAAACUCAGCCACAGCAACCCCACCAUUUUUUUUGAUUAUAUGCUGUCUCAGAUCCAGUGGUACGACAACCUCAUAGCUCCAGUGGUGGACUCCUUGAAAUACCUCACCUCCCUCAAUUAUGAUGUCUUGGCAUAUUGCAUCAUAGAAGCUCUGGCCAAUCCCGAGAAGGAGAAGAUGAAGCAUGACGACACCACCAUCUCAUCGUGGCUACAGAGCCUGGCAAUUUUGUGUGGAGCCGUCUUCAGGAAAUAUCCAAUUGAACUGGCGGGCCUUCUUCAGUAUGUCACCAAUCAGCUAAAAGCAGGAAAAAGUUUUGACCUGCUAAUCCUGAAGGAGGUGGUGCAGAAAAUGGCAGGGAUUGAGAUAACAGAUGAAAUGACGUCAGAGCAGCUUGAGGCAAUGACAGGAGGGGAACAACUCAAAGCUGAGGGUGGCUACUUUGGUCAGAUUAGGAACACUAAAAAGUCAUCGCAGCGUCUGAAGGAUGCUCUUCUGGAUCAUGAAUUUGCCCUGCCACUGUGUGUACUCAUAUCUCAGCAAAGAAAUGGUGUGGUUUUCCUAGAAGGUGGCGAGAAACAUCUCAAACUAGUCGGUCACCUCUAUGACCAGUGCCAUGACACAUUGGUGCAGUUUGGGGGCUUCUUGGCCUCCAACCUCAGCACAGAGGACUACAUCAAGCGUGUUCCUUCCAUUGACAUCCUUUGUAACCAGUUCCACAUUCCACAUGACGCUGCCUUCUUCCUUUCUCGACCAAUGUAUGCCCAUCAAAUCUUGUCCAAGUAUGAUGAGCUAAAGAAAGCUGAGAAAGGCAACCGGCAGCAGCAAAAGGUGCAGAAGUACGUGGCGGCCUGUGAGCAUGUAAUGACACCAGUGCACGAGGCUGUGGUGUCCCUCCAUCCACCCAGAGUUUGGGAAGACUUGCGCCCCCAAUUCUACGCCACCUUCUGGUCUCUUACCAUGUAUGACUUGGCUGUGCCCCAUGCGGCCUAUGAGCGGGAGAUCAAUAAGCUCCAGGCUCAGAUCAAGGCUAUCGAAGAUAAUCCUGAAAUUCCUAUGAAUAAAAAAAAGAAAGAGAAGGAACGGUGCACUGCUCUGCAGGAAAAACUGCAGGAGGAGGAGAAAAAGCAGUUGGAGCAUGUCCAAAGGGUGCUUCAUCGCCUCAAACUGGAGAAAGACAAAUGGUUGAUGACCAAGUCAACUAAGAAUGAGACCAUAACAAAGUUCCUACAGCUCUGUCUGUUCCCUCGCUGUAUCUUCUCCUCCAUCGACGCUGUGUACUGUGCCCGCUUUGUUGAGCUGGUUCACCAGCAAAUGACACCCAAUUUCUGCACACUCCUGUGUUACGACAGGGUAUUCUCAGCCAUCAUUUACACCGUGGCAAGUUGUACAGAGAAUGAGUCUCACCACUAUGGGCGCUUCCUCUGCUGCAUGCUGGAGACAGUGACCCGCUGGCACAGCGACCGUGCAGUCUAUGAGAAGGAGUGUGGCAAUUACCCUGGCUUUCUGACCAUCUUGAGAGCCAGUGGCUUUGAUGGAGGGCAACAAGCAAAUCCACUCGAUUAUGAGAACUUCAGGCAUGUGGUGCACAAAUGGCAUUACAUGUUGACAAAAGCUUCAGUUCAUUGUCUGGAAACUGGAGAUUAUACCCACAUCCGAAACAUUCUCAUUGUUCUCAUCAAGAUCCUGCCAUGUUACCCUAAGGUUCUAAAUCUGGGCCAAGCUUUGGAGUACCGUGUCCACAAGAUCUGCGCUAAGGAGAAGGACAAGAGGCCAGACCUCUAUGCCUUAGCGAUGGGUUACUCAGGUCGGUUGAAAAGCCAGAAGGUGCAUAUGGUCCCUGAGAAUGAGUUUCACCACAAGGAGCCACCAGUACGCAAUGCCACCCCUGCCAGUCAGCAGAAUGGCCCCGGCAGCACAGGCAAGCCUGCCGCCACCACGAUCAAGGCAGAGGAUGGAGUCUCAGAUGAUGGUGAUCGGGGAAAGGAUAAAUCUCAGACCACAAAGCCAGUAAACAAAGCCAACAGUGCAGCAACUAAAUUGACAACCAGCAAUGGGAAUGGUGCCCUUAAUAGCGCUAAAGCCGUAAAAGAGCGGGACGACAAAGAGAAGAGCGGCAAGGAGAAAAAAGAGAAAAAAGAAAAGACGCCAGGCAGCACUCCAGACACAAAGGCAGAUGUCCGCCGAGAGAAGCUGAGAGAGGAGAGAGCAGGGAAGGAUGAGCGGGCAGUUCGCGAGGGUAAGGAGAAGACACCCAAGUCUGACCGAGAGAAAGUUAAGGCUGAGGAGAAGAACAAAGACGACAAGGCCAAAGCAGGCAACGGGGAGCCCAUGGAGCCGUGCAGAGAGCGCGAUGCCAUCAAGGAGUCGAAGAGCAAGGAGAAAGGAGACAGGACCGCUGUGGCCGGGUCCCUCAAGUUACCAGUUCCAAGAUCAGAGUCAGCUGAAUCUGAGAGGGAUCACAAAAGACGAAAGCUCGACAGUCACUCUUCUCCGUCCCACUCCUCGUCUGUUAAGGACAAUAGCAACGAUCCCAAGGAGUCCACAUCCAAGCACCACAUCAACUACAAUUCUGUAGCCCGGUCCAAAAGCAGAGAGAGGGAUCCAGAGAAUGCACUAGGCCGUUGCAAAGAGAAGAAGGAAGAAAAGGAGCGCAAAGACAGGAAGAGAGACCAUGCUGUUGCUGAGCGCGAGUCCAGCCAAGAACCCAAACGCAGAAAGGACGAGAACGGAACCAACUCGUCCAAAACCAGCCAGAGUGUAAGUCCCUGUGACUCCCCAGUCUCGGUGGAAAAAGAGAAGAGCAAAAGAUCCAAAUCUUCCAGCAAAGAGAAGGGAGACUCUGUCAAGCUUGAGCGGACCUCCACCGGAGGAAAAAAGGAGUCCCGACACGACAAGUCUGAAAAGAAAGAGAAGAGGGACAGCAGCGGAGGAAAGGAAGAGAAAAAACACCAUAAGUCGUCUGACAAGCACAGAUAAUGUGCACUGAUCAGUGAAGGUAAGAUGCUUCUUCAUCACGCCCUGGUGGAAGGACUACGGUAUGCUCGUCUCUAAACGCCUUCUCUCUCCUCUGGUCGUCGUGUCCACCAGCAGAUAUGGAAACGCUGCUUUUAUUUGGGAGACAUCCACAACUCCAUCUGUACUUUGUUAACCUCCAUUCCUACCUAGCUCCUCCUUUUUUAUUUUUAAUGAAUGCCCUCCCCUGUGCUGUGUGCUGCUAUGGCAUCACAUCAUUAUUUUACGAUUUGUAUCCCCCCCGCAGAAAUGCUCUCCUGGCCAUGUUGCAAUUUAGUGAAGUGGUUACUGUAAGAAAUGGAAACGAUGAUCUCUGUGUAGCACCUGCCUGUGGAUUCAUGUCUUUUUGUUUUUGUUUUUUUUGUUUGUUUUUUUUUGCUUUGGCUCAUUUUAUUGAAGUUAAUAUGCUUUCCAUACUCAAUACCCUCAUAUGCAUAGAUCAUUUUUUUUAUUUAUUUAUCUCCACUUUUUAAUCCCUGCUUGACAAUAGAAUAAAAAAUGAAAGUGAGUAAAAAAAAAAAAAAGGACCAUUUUGUAAAUUGUGUACAAUAAUAAAGAAGGUAACAUGUUUUUUUUUCCUUUCCCUUUGUACGUCCCACAGUGUGUCAUGAUGUGGUUAUGUGUCAAUCGCAUUUUUACAUAAUUUAUGACUGUAAAAAUGGCAGUUAGACUCGAUUUAAGUACAGAAUUGUUACAGAAUGCCACACGGCAAAACAUUCUGAAGCUCUGUUCUCCAAAAUGAAAGACGUUUUGGAGAUUUUAUCUGCUGUACUCAAUGAGUGAUUGCUUGUUUUUUUUGUUUUGUUUUAUUAAAAAACAGACAACAAAUAAAUAGUUUCCUAUAGUG